AUGGAGACUUUCAGCAAAGAUGACAACAUCUUCUACGAGAACUUCGUCUACCUGCGUUUCUGCAAACUGUGGAAUAAACCCACCAUUGUAGUCGUGCUCGUCAGAUUCUUCUAUCAAUCCUUCGUGAUGUUCGGAUCGUCGAUGCAUUUCAUCACCAGCAAAGUGAGCAAAGGUUAUUUGAGCGAUUUCGUUGAGGACUGCGCGAUGAUCGUUGCCGGAAUCGGCAUGAAUUUGGCCAUCUUCGGAUUCGGUAUGAAACGCAAAGAGAUUUGGGCACUGUUAACCGAACUGAACGCCUUCAAGGUGCUCGGAAAACCGAUCGGUUUCGAACGCAAACGCAAAAUCAUAGAUAUGUGCAUCAUCUUUUACAAGUACGCAGUCGUUUUGAGUCUCUUCUAUUACACUUCCUUGGGUCCCAUCAACAAAUCGAAAUGCUUGAAGAAUAAGGAAGAGUCGCAUCUGGAGAGGAUCUGCGGUUUGGUCGUUCAGGCUUGGUACAAUGUUGAUGCACAAUCGACGCCGCAAAACCAAAUACUUUUUGCACUACAAAACGGUUGCGCUUUGUUCAUCGUCUCCGCGUACGGCGCGAUCUACGCUCUCAUUUUCUCCAUUGUCGAGCACAUCAUCUUGAGGAUUAAACAUCUGAAGCACUCAUUGAAGCAGAUCGACGAGAUGGAUUCGCUGCAAGAGAAGCAAAAGCGUUUCAAAAACUGCGUCAUCUAUCACAACUCAAUUAUCAACAAUAUUUCCAGAUUAACCGAUCAGAUGAAUAGAUGCUUCUCGAUAUUCAUGUUCGUCGCAGUUCUUGUCGAUACAAUGAUCAUCGGGAUUUUGGUUCUGCAAUUCCUAAUUGAAAGUUCGUUGCGCGUUCUGCUGCAUUUGAUGGGUUGGGUCAUCACCCUGAUGAUCGUCUCAGUUUCCGGACAAAGGCUUUUAGAUGAAAGCAGUUCUUUGCCUCUGUGCGUGUACAACCUAAACUGGUUCCAAUAUCCGUCCAAGUUUCGCAAGGAUUUGAUCCUCAUGAUUAUACGCAGCCAAAGACCUUUGGCCCUGAAGACUGGCGACUUCGGAGUCAUGUCUUUCGAGACAUUUUUAGCGAUAUUGAAGACUUCGUAUUCCUACAUUGCGCUAUUGAAGCAAACUUUGUAA